AUGUUGAAUUAAAAAAAAGGUUCUACAUCUUCACAAACUUCUUAAUUACAUUAACUAUCUAACGUCUUUGAAAUAAUAGCAAAGUAUAGUAUUUUAUGUUCAGAGGAUAAGUAUUAUAAUAUCUAAUUCAAAGUUAUAUUUAAAAACAAAGUAUUGCAUAGUUAAGUAAAUAUGAAAAACCUAGAUAAAGAAGGUCAUAAUCUUUAUUGCAGCAAGUUUUAGAAAAAAAAAGUGAAUUAUUAACAAAUUACUAAAAAAGAAAAUACUUUAUGAAAAAAAGAAAAUAUAAUAUCUGA